AUGAAUGAAACAUUUGAGCUUUCUAUCGAAGACUUUGAUAAGCAGUGGAUUCUUGUCAAUAAUAUUUGGACAAGAUUUAAUGAAUACAAAUUAGACAAUGGUGAUGAGCAUAAAACUUUCAUUUGUAGACUUUCAAAGCCUAAAGAAUCAAGCAGAAGAAAGGAAAACAUUCCUUCUGAAAAACUUUGUGCUAAAAUUAGGAUAACAUGGUUAGCAACUUCAAAUAUGAUUAGAAUUGAGAGGGUGAGUGGUACUCCUGAUUAUAGCUACUCAAUGGAAGAAACCGAUAUGCGUAAAUGGUCAAAAUUUAUUAAAGAUAUGGAUUCAGGUGUGGAAUAUUUGAAAACUAAAGAGGUUGCUAAUAUCAAACAAAAGCUCGUUGGUCCGAUGAAUUCGCAUCUUGUUGAAGGUGCAGAUUUACAAUCUGAUAUUUUAACUGCUUUAAAAAUUAUUCGAACCUUUGCUCCACGUUGGAAUCCACGAUACAUGCUCCUUGAUCAAAGCAGUGUAGAGUCCAACAGUAUUGCAUUAACUUUUUCAGGCCUUUUUGUA